AUGACACUUCAGCCAUCUGGCAGCUUUCCGCCCUACUCCACUGUUCUCGAGGAGCUACUCCUACUAGAAUGCACCAUGAUAUGGUCCAGGGGGUACAAGUGUAGACGAGCUUCGGAAACUGCGUCUUCUGAAGUAGGUCUGCUCUCAGAGAGGGCAAGUAUACAGCGGCCUGCCAAUGUGUCUCUUCUGCGCACCCAGAAGUUCACUGUGUAUCCCAGCGUAGAAUCUUUGACGUACGAGAGCAGACCUCAUGCUGGGCCGUCCCAUGUUGAAUUUCCUUAUGCUGAGAGCACGACAAGUGCUCUACCAGUGUUAAGAGAUCGACUACCGGUCAAUCGUGGCCCCAAUGACAUCUACGACGAAGACACUCAUGGCUUUUUGACAGAAACCCAGCUCGCAUUACAACUCUACGCGGAAGACUUACAAUUGUCGACGAUGAUCGCUGAGCUCACCAUUGAAGAUGUUGCUGAGCUUCAAGGACAGCAGAUGGGAAAAGGUCGGGACGAUGCGUCGCCGUCGGAUGCCGCACUUGUACUAGAGCUUUAUGCUGAGGAGGCGCAGCUGUGUAUUCGCAUCCAGAACGAUCACCUGUUUGCGUUGAAGAUUCAUGAAGCCGAAAAUGGCUCAUCGUCGCCUGCAGAAGAGAUUACCACGCCGCAGACGACUGUCAGGUCUGAUACGCCUCGCGGGAUGCAAAACGCUCACUUGCAGCUGGUGCAAAUCCCAGGUCAAUGUCAACAGCGCACACAUUUGUGUUGUUGA